CUAGCUUCUACACUAUUUGCUAACAACAUCAGACUCACAAAGGUGUCACAUUUAUAGCAUCAGACUCAGUCACUGACAAAGAACAAGAUGAACAAAUGCAGGAAGCAGAUAGCAGAACAGUUCCUGAGUCAGGCCCUGGGCAUCAUCUGCCUGCUGACCGGAGAGGAAUACACCAUUGUGAAGAAGAGGCCCUCCCACAGCAGCAUACAACAGCUAAGCGGAGAGGUGCCUAUAAAGUGUGAUGAUGUUGCUGUGUAUUUCUCUAUGGAGGAGUGGGAGUAUAUAGAGGGACACAAGGAGCUUUACAAGGACGUCAUGAUGGAGACUCACCAAGCACUAAGGACUAUGGAGAUCCCAGGGAAUGAGAGCUCAGAACGAACAGGUCACAGUGAUGAAAAUCUAGACACAGGAUCACAUGGAGAACUUGUACAGAAUAUUCAGCCAUCAGAUGUCUCUGCAAGUGUAAAAGAUGCUAAGAUUUCAUGUAACACGGAACAAACAGAAGAUCAGUGGCUAAGUAAUAUGCCUGAAACUGCAGAGCAGGAAAUAUGUGACAAUGUAAAUACAGGUGUAAAAGAUGCUAAGAUUUCAUGUAACACGGAACAAACAGAAGAUCAGUGGCUAAGUAAUAUGCCUGAAACUGCAGAGCAGGAAAUAUGUGACAAUGUAAAUACAGGUGAAAACGAUGCUAAGAUUUCAUGUAACACGGAACAAACAGAAGAUCAGUGGCUAAGAAAUGUCCAACCAUCAGAGCAGGAAAUUUGUGCCAAUAUAAGUACAGGUGAAUUCACAAACUGCAAUAAUCCUAGUGAUGACCAGAGUGCAGAUGCUUCUUUACAUCUUCUUCAAAAUCAAAGAAACCAUGUGGGAAAUUUAUGUUCUGACUGUGGGAAAUGUUUUCUUAAGAAAUCACAUCUUUUUAAACAUCUAACAAUUCAUACAGGAGAAAAUCUAUUUUCCUGUCCUAUAUGUGGGAAAUGUUUUAACUGUAAAAACAUUCUUGUUGCUCAUCAGAAAAUUCAUACAGGAGAAAAAGAAUUUUCAUGUUCUGAUUGUGGGAAAUGCUUUACUAAGAAAUCAAAUCUUAUUCGUCAUCAGAAAAUUCAUACAGGGGAGAAAGGAUUUUCAUGUCUUGACUGUGGGAAAUGUUUUACUCUGAAAUCAAAUCUAUUUACACAUCAGAAAAUUCAUACAGGGGAGAAAGCAUUUUCAUGUUCUGACUGUGGGAAAUGUUUUACUUUUAAAUCAAAUCUCAUUACACAUCAGAAAAUUCAUACAGGGGUGAAAGGAUUUUCAUGUUCUGACUGUGGGAAAUGUUUUACUUGGAAAUCACAUCUUCUUAGACAUCAGAAAACGCAUACAGGAGAAAAAGCAUUUUCGUGUUCUGACUGUGGUAAAUGUUUUACUCGGAAAUCAACUCUUCUUAUGCAUCAAAAAAUUCAUACUGGGGUGAAAGGAUUUUCAUGUUCUGACUGUGGGAAAUGUUUUACUCAUAAAUCAACUCUUCUUAUGCAUCAAAAAUGUCAUAAAGGGGAAAAAGGAUUUCCAUGUUCUGACUGUGGAAAAUGUUUUACUCUGAAAUCAACUCUUAUUAUGCAUCAGAAAAUACAUACAGGGGAGAAAGCAUUUUUAUGUUCUGACUGUGGGAAAUGUUUUACUCUGAAAUCACAUCUUCUUAGCCAUCAGAAAACGCAUACAGGAGAAAAGGCAUUUUUGUGUUCUAACUGUGGGAAAUGUUUUACUCAGAAAUCACAUCUUAUUAGCGCAUUACCGCUCACCCUGCUAAGCACUGACCUUGUAAAUCUGUUGUUUCCUGGGAAAGCCUACCUGAUGGAAGGUGCAGGGCAAAAGGAAUGA